GGGAGGGAAUAUGCCAAGCUGGCAGCAGAGAAACGCCCUGUAAAGAGGCAGACACCAGGCUCAGGUAGCCAGGAAUGGAUGCCAGCCCAGCCAAGGAGGUCCUUCUGCCAUGGCCAGCCUGACCUGGCAUCGUCUGCCCUCUUGGAGAAUGAGAGAAACCAAAGACUGGAAGAUAAGAAGGAAUAAGUUGCAGGAUGGGUUACAAGCAGAAGGCAGAAGGGACUCAGAAUUGGAGAAGCUGCCCUUUCACUGACUUUGGGGACAGCUGUCAGGGUGGGAGACAGGACCUAGGCCCCAGGCAAUGUCUGCCAGGCUAGACAUGAGGGAUGCUGUGGCAUCUCCCCACCCCACCCCAAGCUGCCUUCCUCACAAUGGGGUUCAUUGCUGAGGUGGUAGGGGCAUUGUAGGGGGGUGUAGUAGGGGGCCUGCCUGCCAGACUACUCUUGGGGAGCCUGCCCUUUCAAGCAUGAGCCACGCCAUCUGGGCUCCCCCACUCUCAGUGUGCCCUUAGCUCUGCCUGCCUGGUGUAGGGUCCUGGAGACCUUCUUGGACUUAAUCCAGCAACCAUCAUGCAAGGUGGUGCUGGGGGCCGCCCUUAUCCUAGGAGGUGGAGGCCUCAUGCUGUGGACUGAGAGAAAGAGGAGAAGGAAGGCAACCCUUGAGUCUGCACAAGAUGAAGAUGAGUCACCGGAAUCCCACAAAGCACAGAAAGAGAGCUGGAUCAAAUCUCACUUUAGCCGCCUUUCCGAAGAGAAGCUGGUCCCCACCGGUGCCAGCACCAGCUGCAACCCUCCCCAGCCCGAGAGCAGGGGUGGAGAGGCCAGCACCACCAUUCACAUGGAGACCGUCACCACCAGGCACGGAGAAGUGGGCACUGCUCUGCACCGGGAAUCUUUCACCAGCAGGCAGAAGGCAUCUGGGUCCUCGCUGAUCAAAGAGACCCACAAGGAAUCUGGAAAAUCCUCGUCCUCGGAUGAGGCCACGUGGGCUGCCGUGGCUGCCUGCACCAAGGAGAUCGACACCAAGGGACGGCAACUGGCUAACUCCAUAUUGCAGCGGGCCAUGGCUUGCCAGCACUCAGGCCACCUGCAGUCCAGGGACAUCAACCAGGAGGAGCUGAGGGCCCUCGAGGAGGUGGAGAUGAAGCUGAAAGGGAGUUUCCUCACCAAGCGGGAAAACACCAUAGCUGGUGCCAACCACAUAAACACUUUCUAUGGCCAUGGCCAUCAGAGCCACCAGAGUCACCAUGGCCACCAGAGUCACCAGGGUCACCCAGGCCACCCGAGCCACCAGGGUCAUCCAGGCCAACCGAGCCAACAGGGUCAUCCAGGCCAACCAAGCCACCAGAGUCACCCAAGCCACCAGAGCCACAGCCUGCCCAACCGCAGCCACCUAUGACUCCUUCGAAGCCACCUAACCGUGGAUGGAGAUGCCCCUUUCCCCAGCAGGGCUGGCCCCAUACAAAGGCCUGUUUCUCUCCUAUGUGGCAACCUAUGCGGCCCAGGGUGAGACGCAGCUGCCAAAAUCCCUUCUUCCUCAGGCCCCCCACGGGGAUGGUGGCCCCUCCAACUCCACGAGUGGGGUCUGCCACAGAGGAUGGCCCCUGGUGGAAGGAGGGCUGGGAGGAAGCAAAGCAGCUGAUACACAGCCUGAGUCCCCACUGGGAGAAGACAGACCAGGCAGACCCCAGGAGCAGCCGAGAGGCCCACACUGACCCCAAAAGCCUGCAACGGAGCCAAUAAAGCCUUGCGUGCCCUCACUCGGAGUCCGGGGCUCUGUGGCCAGCUGAAGGCCUGGGCAGGGAUGGAGGGAGAGGGCUCCUUCUCCAGCAGUCCUGUGUGGGUGGCCCUUGGCCUGGGGCCUUGGCCCUGGGGCUGAUUUAGGACUCCAUAGAACAGCCUCCCAGGUCUCAGGGUGGGGAAGGGAUCUCUCUGGGGCCUCAAUACCCCCAACCUGCUGUUGCCAGGGAAGGGGGAAGCAGCCAGGUGUUAGGGGAGAUGG